AUGAGUUCAUCACAAAAACAGCCUCACGUUUUGGUGCUCUCUUACCCUGCACAAGGCCACAUUAACCCCAUGCUCCAAUUCUGCAAACGCUUGGUUGCAAAAGGCAUCAAAACAACAUUUGCAACAACAUUUUCCUUCUCCAAAAACGUCCAUAUGGACCUUAACACCACACUCAUCACCUUCGAGACAUUCUCUGAUGGGUUUGAUGACAAUGGCCCUGAUCAAUUUGUGUCCCCAGAUGUUUACUUCCCAAAGCUUCGUGAAGUAGGCCCAAAGUCCCUAGCGGAUCUUGUUCAAAAACUAGGGGGUGUCAACGCCAUUGUUUAUGAUGGGUUUUUGCCUUGGGCUCUUGAUGUCUCCAAGCAAUUCAAGAUCAUGGGAGUCGUCUUCUUCACUCAAACUUGUGCUGUCAAUAAUAUUUACUAUCAUGUCAACAGAAGCCUUCUUCAAAUCCCAUUGUCGGAUUCGGAUUCAUUAGUCUCACUUCCUGGAUUACCACCGCUUGAAAACUGGGAAACUCCUUCAUUCGUGCACAAAUUUGACUUGUUUCCUGCUGUUUCUGAUCUAGUUUUUAGUCAAUUUACCAACAUCGAUCAAGCAGACUGGGUGUUGAUCAACUCAUUUUACAAAUUAGAGGAAGAGGUGGUCAAUUGGAUGGGGAAGUUGUGGCGUGUGAGGACGAUAGGCCCAACGCUUCCAUCAAUGUACCUUGACAAACGAUUGUUAGAUGAUCGAGAGUAUGGAGUGAAUAUGUUCAAACCAAAACGGGUUGAAUGCAUGAACUGGCUAAACAAGAAGCCGAAAAGAUCGGUUGUUUACUUAUCAUUUGGGAGCUUGAUGCAGCCUGGAUCUGAGCAAAUGAAAGAAAUAACAUGUAGUUUGAGCGAUGGUGGUUUUAGCUUCUUGUGGGUGGUUAAGUCUUCUUUAAAGGACAAUAUCCCGCAAGAGUUUGUCGAUGGCAUGUCAAAGAAAGGGUUAGUCGUGCCAUGGUGUCCUCAAUUGGAAGUAUUGGCUCAUGAGUCAAUAGGAUGCUUUGUUACACAUUGUGGGCUCAACUCCGUUCUUGAAGCAAUUGGUUUGGGUGUGCCGAUGGUUGCAAUGCCACAAUGGUCCGAUCAGACCACAAAUGCCAAGUAUGUGGAGGAUGUUUGGGGUGUGGGAGUUCGGGCUAAGCAAGAUGUUAAUGGGAUUGUGACCAGACGAGUGUUGGAUGCGUGCAUAAGGCAAGUCAUGGAAGGAGAGAAAAGCAUCGAGAUCAGGAAAAACGCAACCAAAUGGAGGGAUUUUGCGAUAGAAGCUAUCGAAGAAGGUGGAAGCUCAGACAAGAACAUCAACGAAUUCGUAGCAGAAUUGAGCUUACAAGUCUCUAAUACAUUUUAA